GAAGCUGGGCGGGACUUUCCGGCCUGGCUGGGCUGGCCGUAGCAGCUCGCAGCGGGCCCUCCUCAGUUAUUUCCUGGCUCCUUUCCGGAGAUCGUGGGGGCCGGUCGGGGCAGAGCUUGAAGCCCAGGCGGUAGCGGUAGCGGUAGCGGUAGCGGCGGCGGCGGCGGCGGCGGCGACAGCGACAGCGGCGGCGAACAUCGAGAUCCGGGGCUCCCAGGCCAUGGCGUCCCCGUCUCGGAGGCUGCAGACCAAGCCGGUCAUCACGUGCCUGAAGAGCGUGUUGCUCACCUACACCUUCAUCUUUUGGUUCACAGGUGUGAUCCUCCUCACAGUGGGCAUAUGGGGCAAAGUAAGCCUGGAAGUAUACUUCUCCCUCUUGAACGAGAAGGCCACCAACAUCCCCUUCGUCCUAAUAGCUACGGGCACGGUCAUCAUCCUUCUGGGGACCUUUGGCUGUUUUGCCACCUGCCGUGCUUCAGCGUGGAUGUUGAAACUGUAUGCCAUGUUCCUGACUCUAAUUUUCUUGGUGGAAUUGGUGGCUGCCGUUGUGGGAUUCGUUUUUAGGCAUGAGAUUAAGGACAGUUUUAAGAUGAAUUACGAGGCUUCCUUGAAGCAGUACAAUGACACUGGUGUCCAAAGAAGUGAGGCGGUUGAUACCAUCCAGAAAACUUUGCACUGCUGUGGUGUCCUGAGUGCCACAGACUGGGAAAGCACUGCCUACUAUGUGGAAAAAGGCUUUCCCCGGAGCUGCUGCAGGUAUCACAGCUGUUCCUGGGCUGAUAGGAAGGAUCUGAAGAAACAAAAUCAGGAGGGCUGUUUUCUAAGAGUAACAACUAUUAUCCAGUCGGAAAUGGGCGUUGUAGCAGGCAUCUCCUUUGGAGUUGCUUGUUUCCAGUUGAUUGGGAUAUUUUUGGCCUGCUGCCUCUCACGUUCCAUCACAAAUAACCAAUAUGAGAUCGUGUAACCUGGUGACCGACUGACCCGUGCCUCUCUGACCAAGCUUUAGAACAUUCUCCUCAGCUCUCUUCCUUGGAACAUACUUCACCGGCCUUCAAUGUGUAAAGUUUUAAAAAGUUGUAUGAACAGACCGAUCUGAUCAACAUCUGGCACUUAGGAGUUCUUCAUCACAUACCUCCCUCAGCUCGUUUUGUCGAGGCUGGGGGCACAUUAAAAGUCACGUAAAGCUAACACAGCGUGCGUUGUGGGUCACAACCGUGCGCCUUCGGGCCUCUGGCCCGCCUUUCUCUCUUGGUGCCGGGCUCUACGCUCCUGUUGUCCCUUGGUGCGACUGCCCUCGAGAUCAUCUGAAUAUAUAACUCUCCUCUUCGGUGGUCUUCUUUAGCUUGGGAAGGCGAGCCCUGUGCCCGGCGGAGCCACCCUCAUUUGACCAUGUGCUUGUAGAGGGUGGCCGCUGGUCACAGAGCUCGCCGGGGUGGGUGGGGGGGUGCGGCCCGGGCCUGGCCGCAAGUGGACACGUCUGGCGUCUUAGCUGCUGUGUGGUGCUUCUGGAUCUCUGACCCAACCUAUUCACACUACAGACACUCCCAUUCUGGGCUUGACCAGGUUCAGCAAGCUGAUGUUCUCUUCCUUUCUCUCCUAGAUCAAGGUGUCAUAUCUGUUUUGUAGAUUUUCGCUCCCUUUUUGUUCAUAGAAAGGCCUUACUUUGUUCUGAAUUAAACUGUAGUGAUUUGUUUUUCCCUAAGGGACUUGUAGGAUAGUAGUUGCUCCCAGUAGCCUAAGCUGCUAGUAUUUCCCAACCAGGUUGGCAUGACUUAGUUGUCAGUAUUACGUGCUCCUUUGCCUUGUAUUCUUGUGUAUUGAUGUGUGUUUUGGGCCAAUAAAUAGGACUUCUGCUGUCUUAAUAUCCAAUAAAAGGUUGACUCUUGUCCUCAAAAAUA